AAGUAAUUCUUUAAAAAUCAAAUACUCAACUUUUAAGUUUAUAAUAACAAUAAUUUCUAUAUACUCAGUUACUUAUAUCAUUAUAUUAUAGAUGCCAUGUUAUAUAAAUUAAUUAUAAAUUUAAAUACAAAAAUGUCUAAUCAAACACGCACUCUUGUUACUGAUUCAAAAUAUAAUUUUCUCAAGCAAUUAGGAUUGACUACCGAGAACCCGGGUCUUUUUGACGGUCGUUGGGGAGGUUCCGGCAAAAUAAUUGAAUCAAUAUCACCAGCAAGUGGUAAAGUAAUAGCUAAAGUACGGGAGUCAACACCACAGGAAGCAAUAAAUGCUGUUACAGAAGCACGUAAAGCUUGGCCAUACUGGUCAUCAUUACCCGCGCCAGCACGUGGUGAAAUUAUCCGACAAAUAGGUGAUGAAUUGCGUCGUAAUUUAAACCCACUUGGACAAUUGGUGUCAUUGGAAAUGGGUAAAAUAUUAGCUGAAGGAAUUGGUGAAGUUCAAGAGUAUAUUGACAUUUGUGAUUAUGCUGUUGGUUUAUCACGAAUGUUGCCUGGUUACAUAUUUCCAUCUGAACGUAAAGAUCAUGCAUUACUUGAAAAAUGGAAUCCUGUUGGUGUUGUUGGUGUUAUAACAGCAUUUAAUUUUCCUAUUGCAGUUUAUGGGUGGAAUAGUGCGAUUGCUAUGGUAUGUGGUGAUGCUAUUGUAUGGAAAGGUUCACCUACAACACCAUUGGUAUCAAUAGCAACUACUAGAAUAAUAGCAAAUGUUCUUGAACGUAAUGGAAUACCAGCAUCAAUAGCAUCUUUAGUAACUGGUGGUGCUGAUGUAGGUAAAGUUUUGGUUAAUGAUAAAAGAUUACCAUUGAUAUCUUUUACUGGAAGCACUGCUGUUGGAUGUCAAGUUGCGGUUAAAGUUCAGGAAAGAUUCGGAAAAUCGUUAUUGGAAUUAGGUGGCAAUAAUGCGUUAAUAGUUGCUAAUGACGCUGAUUUGGAAAUGGCUGUCAGAGCUGCGGUAUUUUCAUGCGUCGGCACCGCUGGGCAAAGAUGCACAACAACAAGACGUUUGAUAUUAGAUUCUAAAAUAAAAAAUGAAUUUGUCAAUAGACUACGCACUGCAUUUAAAAGUAUUCUGGAAAGAAUCGGAGAUCCUUUGGAAGAUGCGACACUUUAUGGUCCUCUACAUACCCAACAAGCCGUCGAUGCUUUUAAAAUAACCGUUGCAAAAGCUGUAGCAAAUGGCGGGAAAAUUGAAUUCGGCGGUAAACAAAUAAGUCGCCCAGGUUUUUAUGUCGAGCCAACAAUUAUUUCAGGACUUCCAUCUGAUGAUGAAACCGUACAAAAAGAAACUUUCGCGCCCAUUGUAUACAUUCUAGAAUCAAAUUCAAUUGAAGAUGCUAUCAUGCAAAAUAAUAACGUUGAACAGGGUCUCAGUAGUUCAUUAUUCACUAAAAAUUUAUCAAACGUAUUUCGGUGGAUAGGUCCACAUGGAUCUGAUUGUGGAAUAGUUAAUGUUAACAUUGGAACAAGUGGAGCUGAAAUUGGUGGAGCAUUUGGAGGUGAAAAAGCAACUGGAGGUGGUCGUGAAAGUGGUAGUGACUCAUGGAAAUCAUACAUGCGUCGUUCAACGGUAACGAUCAAUUAUGGUAAUGAAUUACCACUUGCCCAAGGAAUUAAAUUUGAAUAA